AUGUCUACGUAUAGUGACUUCAUGGAUUUAACUCAAACUGACGACGAUAAUCAAGAUAUUUUAGAAUUACCACAAGGUAGUCUGGAAAUAGCUAUAAGCAAAAAGUCUAAUACUGCAACUGAGAGACAGGCAAAGAAAAGAAGACAGGCUGAGGAAAAAGCAGCUAAGCUUGCAAUUGUUGAAGCUAAUAAAAUAUACAAGCCAGGAGAAUGUAUGAAGUACAUGUGCAUAGAGAUGCACCCGAGUCUGUCGAGCGCGUGGUACAUGUCGGACGUGGGUCGCGAGGCGGCGAGUGCGGGGUGCCGCGUGGUGUCGACACCGGAUAUAUGCGACCCGGGACUCGUCAUGUGGUCCCGCGCCACCACUCCUACGCUUGUCCGCGACCACGAUGGACAGGUAAGUGUUAGUCCGUCUCGCGAGCCGUGUUCGCGCGCGCUCUACGUGCUCGAGGCGGCAGCAGCAGCCGAACAUGUGCACGCGCACACGCUCGCCGAGCGGCUCGAUAACAUGCGCGACCUCACCACAUGCCAAGUUACCUGUGUUGUACUCGGAGUUAAACAGUACUUCAAAAAAUCUCAACGUAAUACCGCAAACAGCAAUCGACAGUUGAUGACGCCCAUUGAUUUGGAAAUGGCUGUAACAGAUAUGUUGGUGACGGCUGGUUGUGAUGCGUGGUUCGUAGAGACUCCCAAUGAACUGGCUCUACAUAUAGUACAAGUUACAAAGGCUAUAGCAGAAGCACCUUUCAAGCUAGCCAAAAGGGAUAUAGACGAACAGGCCGACUUUUUCAUGAGGGGAGACAACAAGAAUUGUAUUGCGGUAGAUCAAGAUGGUAGAAAUGUGAGUAGUCUGUGGCAGCAGAUGUUGUCAGUGUUGCCUCACUCUAGUCUGGAAGUGUCGCGUGCGAUCCGCGCCGAAUAUGAUUCACCGAGAGCAUUGCACGAGUCGCUACUACAAGCGGAUGGUGUGAACAAGUUAUCGUCGUUGGGCGUGUCCCGCGCGGGAGUGCCGGGAGCGCGCGCCAGAAGACUCGGUCCUGAGUUCGCGACUAAACUACAUACAUUGUUCACAUGUGAAGACGGAGACGCAUUAGUUGGCUGAAUACCUACUAUUAAAUAUGUUUUUGUAU